AUGUAUAUCAAUCAUUCUAUUGAGGGCUUUAUUAUAGUAGGAUUUACUAAUAUGAAUCAGUAUCAUAAAAUAUUAUUCACCCCGGUGGUUUUUCUCUACAUUUUUAUUGUCCUCUGUAACGCUGUCACAUCAUUUGCCAUCUUUUAUGAACCUCGACUCCACACGCCAAUGUACUUUCUGAUUGGAGUAUUGUCAGUCAUUGAGAUACUUAUUGUCACAACAGGGUACCCUAAUUUGUUUGCCAUUGUUUUAGUAGGAAACUCAUAUAUAUCGUUCAACAACUGUCUUUUACAAAUGUAUGUAUUCCAUUCGCUUCUAAUUACAGAAAAUUGCUUGUUGAACGUUAUGGCCUAUGAUCGCUACCUGGCCAUUGGAAAUCCGCUUAGGUACCACUCCAUCAUGACUUUCAAAUUCUGCAAGAUCUUAAUUUUUGGAUGUUGGGUGUUUGGCUUUGCAACACCAUUAGGUCUCCUAAUUUUAGUCUCUAGGAUGCCAUUUUGUGGGCCUAAUGAAAUCCGCCAUCUUGUUUGUGAUUCUUCCCCCCUCCUAACCUUAUCGUGUGCAAACAACACUCUUAAUGUGAUUGUUGACUUAAUUAUUAGCUCCUUCACACUCAUCUUGACCUUCGUUUCUGUGGUAAUAACUUACAUCAGAAUUUUAGUUCGAAUAAUGAAAAUGAAAACAACAGAGGAACGCAAAAAGGCAUUUUCCAUAUGUGCAUCUCACCUCAUAAUGGCCGUCGUUUUCUACGGAAGUGUGGCGUUUAUGUACGUGCAGCUGCAAAUCAACUACUCUACAGAAUAUGACUUGGCUACGGCUAUCCAUCAUUUUGUGUUGGCUCCUUUCUUUACGCCUCUCAUCUAUGGUUUUCGAAGCAGAGAAAUGAGGAAUUUCAUCAUUAAAUGCACUCGGCAAAAGAGAAGAUUUAGUAGAAAUGUUCGUAUUUCUAGUGUACUGAGAAGCUAG